AUGCCAACUAGAAUCAGAAGAAGAAUAACUUCGCUGAGAAGAGAUGAAAUCGAAAAAGAACAAGAGGAGCAAAGCCACCAAAUAAUUCGUCCUUUCGAAAAUGUACACGGCUUACCCGUAUCUUACACGGCAUCAUCACAAUCAAGUUUCCUUAAUCAGCCUCUCACAGUUAAAGACACCGGAAUACUUUAUUUAUCAUUGAUCAAGUCGAGAUCUAACUACCUAAAGUUAUGUCCCAUGUUUCAAUUGUAUUGGGUCAAACAGUCAAGUUAUAUAAAGAAGUUAGUGGAACAAGAUAAGCCAAUACCGGAACAUUUAAAAAGGGAUGACAUGUAUGCAAAUCGAUCAUGUGUUUUAAAUAACGACAUAAGUGCGAGAGACAUAAUGGUGAAGCUACUAGAAUGUGGGUUGAGCAUAGGGGUGCACUUUUUUGAUAUUAGAGUAUUUAUUGCGAAAGAUGAACGAAGCGAUACGAAAGAAGAAAAGGAGAGAAUGAAACGGGAACGAGCCGAGAAAAAAGCUCAAAGAGAGCAGGAGAAACUAGAAAGAAAAGCGAGAAGGGAACAAGAAAUGAGGGAGAGAGAGGAGCGAAAGAUCCAGAAGGAGAUUGAGAAGAGAGAAGCAAUACUUAAAAAGAAGGAGGAGCAGAGUCAAAUCAAGUCAGAAAAGCUGGCAGGAAAUAAUGACGAGAAAAUAGAUAAAUUGGAAAGUACAAAAGGAUUAGCCAAGGUUUCGAAAGUGAAUCUGAAAAAGGGCAAAACUGAUACUCAUGUAAAAACGGAGUUACAUUCCAAGGAGCAAUCGAAAGAUUCGCCACCCCCAGUUGCAAGCAGUCAUGGCGAUUUACAGUCACCUGAAAAUCAAAGAAUGAUUACUAAUCUUAAUUACAUCGGUUCUAAAAAUAAGGAUUUGAAUGAUUUGAUGAACAAGGUGGCAAGUGGGCGCGCUACUGCGCAUCAAAUUAUGCUUUUCCAAAAGUACAUACGUGAGGCAAAGAGUUUGGGGCCAGCUCCGCAUAGUGAAACAGUUAUCAAUGAGCUAGUUGAGAAAAUUAACAAUGAAGUGCUAGAAGAACAACGUCUUGAUGAGGGCAAGAAUGACCAGAAUUCGAACCUGGAUCAAGAGUCCAGGUUGAACGCACAUCAGGAUGAGGGUGUGGCACCUCAUGAGCGUGGGCCCUCAGGAGAUAGGGCUAGCCUGGUAGGUGAAUCACAUGGCAACUCGAUAGAGGAUAGGGUCAAGGGAGACAGUUUAGAUCCAAAGGAGCCGCAUCACGAGAAUGGAAACUCAAGUGGCACUUUUGUCAAAAGCGAAAAACGCGAUAAUCUACUGCAACAAAUAUACGAUCCUAAGAUUUCUGCAGAGGAAGUGGGUCAACCAGAAAAGAAAAAGAAAGUAUUAAAGAAGGAUAUACCUAAGGAUCAAAAAUUAACUGCUUUCCAAGAAAAAUACACAACUGAUGCUACAGUUUUAUUUGAAUUUAUUGAAAACCCUAAUGUUCGUUUCCAGUUUCCAAAGUUUGCAAUAUGUGAAGUCAUUGAUCCUUCAACGCAGAUCAAUUCUGAAAAUGGUGACAACUCAGACAAUAAGGACAUACUAGUGAGCUUCUUGUGGGUUCAUAAUCAGAUUGCUUUGGAAAAAUACGAACGAGAGUUGAGCGAAUAUAAUGCAAAGAUUAAGGAGCAGGAAGAAAAGGAGAAAAGGGAAGAAGAAGAAGAAGAAGAGCGGAAAAAAGCCGAGGCCCAGCAAUCCGAGGGGACGAGUGAGAAGCCUAAUGAAGAAAUCUCCACCGUCUCGGAUAAUAUUGAUGCAGAAGCAGACACUAAUGAUCAAAAAGUAAUCACCGUCAAAGACUCAUCUCUAAAGGAGGCCUCACCAGACGAACAAUCAACACCCACGAAAAGAAGAGCGCCUCCACCGAGGAGGGGUAAAAAGAGGCGCAAGGGCCCUCUCCCCAAGAAUGUGGCUCCUAAGCCUUUGCUGCCACCAGAAGAACCAACAUAUUCUUAUUCUAGUGUUUCUUUCACUAUUCACGGGAUUGCCAACAAGUUUGUUCCGAUAUUCGUCAAUAGCAUGGAUCCAAUUGAAAAAGUUCGAGCUAAGAUGGAACACAUAAUAGAGAAUGGAAAUCGUAUUACCCCUUAUCAGCUUUGGUACCAAGUUGAUGGAAAACUUGAUGCGGAGUUGGCUGAAACUGCAAGAGUUGCUUUAAAUCAGAAGGAAAAGAAAAUGACUGGUAUCCCAACUAUUCAGGAAAAGGUCGAGCCUAAGAAAUAUCCUAAAAAGAAAAAAGUCAAGGAGGCGGAUCGACCAGAUGAUAAACAAGCUAGUCCCGCACAUGAUUCUGUAGUAAUGAAGACCGAGUUAGUAGAGGAAAACACUGUUCCUGGUGUCGAAAGAGGGUCAGAUACCCAACCACCCAAAGCUUUUGAGAGUUCCAGUGGCAACGUAAAUGCAACAAAGGAGCAUGUGAAGAUACAACUGUGA